UUCCGUCCUCACCCAUCUGACUUAUUAUUUUAUAGGCUGAUACAAAAUAGAAGUGAACUUCUGUGAAGGAGUUAAAGUGUGUCAGCAAUUCUGCAAACGCUGAAGACAGUCCUCCUCCUCCUUCACAUGAUCUCCUUCUGAACUUGACGCAUCCUGCCUGCAGGGUUUGCCUUUAAAAGCUGAAGAGCUGAACGGUGAACACACUGUCAGCGGCCUCCGCAUCUGAUACACGUUAACUUUAACUGAGAAGUAUUUGACUGAGGGCACAUCACCGACCAUGAGCUCCUCACGCGGCGUGGGACUUUAUUUGACGCUUUUACUCGCUCUUCUGUGCGAUGCAUCUGAAGACUUUCCUGCCCAAAGGGAAAUUACUGACGAAGAUGGCCUUCAGCGAGAGAUGCGACUUUGGCCUGAGGAGCUGGACUUUUUGAUGAUGCAGAGACCAAUCAUCCCUGACCAUUCCAAAAUAAUCGCUGCUUUAGACAUGACCCAGAGAGAAGACACAAACUUUCACCCUGAGAAUGCUCCAAUAGGUCGCCCAGUGUUUAGCCCUCGCUCAGUGGGACCCAGUAUGGUUCCAGAGGUUGAUUUCCCCCCAGCCUUUCCAAAUAUAGGCAACCUGCAAGAUAUCUGUCGGUUCAGUAAAGCUCCGGUCCGGUACCCUAAAGACAUGUUUCCUCAGAGUGGCUUUGGCCAUGAGCAUCGUCAGGCUGAUGCUAUCAAUCAACUUCAGUCCUGGUACGGUGUCUGCUGUGGCAUUAAUGGAGCACCAGAAGAGCAAAUCUGUUGUGCUGAACAAGCGUGGAAGAAGAGUCUGUCUGCCUACUGUGAAAUUGAAUCAGGUAUUAAGACCGUUCAAUACUUCUGCUGCAUGAAGAGAGGGAAGGCCAAAUGGAGCUGUUUUGAUAAGGAGGCUUCAGAUUCUUCAUAUCACAUCUCCUCCGAGGUCUCACAUGGCAGAACUCCAAAAAAGAUUCGAGGCUUCAAAUAUAACUCCAGUGCUUGCAAAGGAUAGGUUUCUACUGGAGUAUAUACAGUGUGUUUUUAGUUUAAGUUUUUAAUGAGCAUUUUGUUUUUUUACAAAACAAAUUUUGAAAAUCAAUGUUUGUAGUGUUACCUGACUGAAUCAAAAUGAAUUAGAUCAUUCAACUGUUAUUUUGUACUAAUCACUAUAUUCUAUAUUUCUUUACUGUGCUUGAGGUUUUAACAACAAAUCAUUACAUUAUUACAGAAACAUUUCUAGUUUUUAUUUUAUGGUAUAUAUUUCUGUAAGCCUUGAUCUUACAUUUGUUUCCUUCAUGUAGUUCACAGAUCAAAAAUGAUGUUAUAUGCCAUAUAUUGUUUUGUUUUGUUUUGUUUUUCCAAAAACUUUUAUUUUAAAAUGAAUGCAGUCAUGGAAAUAACUGUAAUGUUGAUGUGGCUUACCAUUUUACUUGGUAUUUUUAAAUUGUAAAAUGCACAUACAGUAUUUGGUAAUGUUCAAGCUUUUUUAUAGAUAUUGGCUGGGAAAGUAUGGUAUUGUAUGAUAAUAAUCACACACACUCUUAUUAAAGACUAUAAAAGAUGACGGAAAAAAGAGAGGGUUUCUUCUCUUCAUGUACUACCCUGUGUAAUUGAUCUCUAGUAAAUACUCUGUUUUGAACCAGUGGUCCUGACUAGUUCUUCUUCAAAUCCUGUUGGACUCAACAUUGUUUAUGCCACAUGAUAGAUGUUCACAUCAAACAAUUAAAGAAAUUCUUUUCAACAAUGAGAAUAAAUGUGUUGAAUAAAAUGAAUAAAACUUUAA